GGACUUGAUGGGGAGAGGGCGGCCAAGCAGGACGCAAUGUCCGAGUGCCGUGGGGCGUGUGCAGAGGUGGACUCUGACACAGAGGCAGUGGCGGGCAAGGGCUUCAAACUGGGCUGCAUCUCCUGCAAGAUGAGGAGGGAGGUGGAGGCUAUAGCCACCGUCGAAUGGUACUUCAGGCCGAAAGGAGAAGCCGACUUUGUUCAUAUCUACACCUACAACGAGGAAGGCCCCCUCGUUGAACACGACGACUUUAUGGACCGUUUGGAUUGGAACGGAACUAAGAGGAGCCAAGACAUCCAGGAUGGAUCCAUAUACCUGCUCAACGUCACCUUCAAUGACACGGGCACCUACCGCUGCUUUUUCAACCGCAUCCUCUUCUACGCUAACCAUGAAAACAGCACCGUUAUCAGCAAAGUGGUCCAACUUUCUGUGGUGGCUAAAGCGACCAGAGGAACGGCUUCCAUCGUGUCCGAGGUCAUGAUGUACGUGUCCAUUAUUGGCCUUCAGGUCUGGCUCCUCAUAGAGAUGAUAUACUGCUACAGGAAAAUAUCAGCAGCUGGAGAAGAAGCAUUAAGAGAAGCAGCAAAUGCUGAAUAUUUAGCGAUAGCCUCAGAAAGUAAAGAGAACUGCGCAGGGGUGCAGGUUGGAGAAUAGCACAGAGGUGAAAGUGCAUGUCAGCAGCAUCAUUCCCAGGCUUCUUCCCUGGACUAAAAACAUCCUUCCACCCUCUGACCUGCAUGUAGACAACUUGGGGGUAAAACUCCUCUUCCUCUCAAGCCUCUAUUUGACCUUUUCCCUGACAAAGAUCACACAUGGAUAUUACAUACAAAGAAAGCAUGGUACCAGCACUGUAAAUAGUAUUCUGCGCCAAAAAAGCAUGUUCUUUUUCUGCACUUAUUUGAUAAACCAUUAUGCAUUAAAGAGCCACAUUGUUGUAUUUUUAA